AUGUACACAUUGGCAAAAAGGUUACGUGGUGUAGAAAAUGAAAUUAAAGAAGAGAAGAUGUUUUUUAAUUUUUGUAAAAGAAUUCCCAGAAAGCCACUACCGAAAGAAAACGAAUUUCCUCCUGACAAAGGUUGUGUGACAUGUGGAUAUAAGGAUUGUAUGCGUCAUAAUCCUGUAAUAACUCCAGAACCAUGGGGCGGACUACAAAUACAUAAACAAUUGGAUCAAGCCAUAGAAGAUUUUUACAAUACAAUAUUAGACCAAUUCAUCAAUUCAUGGUAUAGCAAAAUUUCACUGCAACCAUUUUUUGUUGAUGAGAUAAGGCAUCAACUUAGAUAUGCAUCUGCUAAUUUAUUGCGACGAGCUCUGAAGAUAAAUUAUGCUCGUUUAAUCAAUGAGCGUCUAGUGCCGUGUGCGUUACAACAUUAUGCUGUUGUUUCGAGCGGUACUAGACCGGCCUUGCACGUAGCCGCGUGCAACCGGGCGGCUGAAAUGAAGUACUUGAGGUGUCUAACAGAAGUUCUACUUCCGUUGCUACUACAACCUAAUGAGACAAACAACUCGGUAUUUCGCGUGCUCAUAAGGGAGGUGUUUGCAGGCUGGGUGCUUCUGUCCCUUACCGACGUAUUAGCAGACCCUUACAUAUUGAACGCGCUUAUUAUACUCGCCACCAGCAAUGAGAAGAUGGCCCAACUGCCUGCCACACCCAACUAUAAGGUGGAGUUCUUGGAAACAUUUGCGCGUCAAUCGGAGAGUGUAUACACGCAACGCAGCCGGCUGCUUCGUGUGGAACUGGAGUUAGUAAUGAACCAGCAGGAGUACUUCUACGCCUUCAUGCAGUACAUAAAGACCACCUGCCAUCUGCCUCUACUGCAGUUCUACAAGGACAUCAAGUUGUUUCAAACUACCCUCCUAAACCCGGAACUGAGUGCAGUAGAACGCGAGCAAGUGCGACGAGCAGCUCGGGAAUUAAGUUCUCAGUGUGGGGACGCAUUGCGCCAGCUUCCACCCGAGCUGCUCGAUGAAUUGCUCGCCGAGCUGGACACCGCCGAUGUGCAUAGGUUACAGACAAGUCGAGCCCUAUAUCAAGCAGCGAGACUGUCUCAUGCCGCUUUAGAGAAGAUCAUAUUACCAAGGUUCCUACAUAGUGAAGAGUUUUACAAGCUGAUGAUUGGUUCCCGAGUUCCUACUGGCUAUCAGAAACACAUGAUUAAGAGGCCACAAGAUAAAUUAUUUAAUGCAGCUAUGAAAAUAGGCAGUCGUUUAAAAGGUGCCCUAAAAUCUCAGACCAUAGAUGGACAAAUCCUCGACAGCUCCACAAACUCGGAACUUCAAGACGAGGAGGGAAUGGAAAAUGUUGACAUUUUAAAAUAUCUGGACUCCAUCGCGGCUGAAGACAGCAUGGGCGAACACGAUCUCAGCAACUAUAAGGUUGUGUUGACCGAUGUGGAGACCCGACUUCAAGUGGCGCCACGGCGGGGCACUGUACGCGUGUUUGCGCUGGCCGUGCACCGCGCGCGUCCCGAUGCCGCGCUGUGGGCGGUGGAGCGCAGCGAGCACGACUUCCACCUGCUGCGCGCCAAACUGCACGAGUUCCACGGCGCCGCGCUGCCCGACCUCGCGCUGCCCUCCCGCAGAGACAACAGUCCCUUAGAAACUCUCCGAUAUAAAUACGAGGAUUUCCUACAAACGCUUUUACAAAAACCCCUUCUUCAGACCAGCGAGCUUCUGUACUUAUUCCUCACAGUUGAUAGUGACUUUUCUUUAGUCGUUCAAGCAUCGACACUCAAUGCAAAUAGCCCAGACUUAGGAAAUAUUUACCAAUCGGUAGCCUAUAAGCUAAGAAAAGAGAAAGGUCAACAUCUGGAGAGUUUCCUGAGGAACUUUUUGGUAUCGACGGACAAGGAACGAUAUCAAGCCCUCAAACAAGGGGUCCGCGAUGUGGAGGAGGCACUAGAGGCGGACGAAGCUGCGGCGGUGCAGCCGGCGGCGGGCGCGCGGGGUCCGCGGGCGGUGCGCGGGGAGCAGUUCGGGGACAACUUCGGCGAGACCGUGACCUCUUCGCCUCGCGUAUAUUAUUCCACGCGCGCGCAGCAGACCGCCGUCGCCGGGUUCUCGCAGUGUCUCAUGUAUUUGUUGAUGAAGGUUAUAAAAGCGCCCGGUUUCGUCUGCGGUAUUGUUGGUAGCGUCUUAGCGAUGUCGCGGACGUUUCUAGAUGAUGCAUUCAAUAACUAUUUAAACACAAAGUUGUCUGAUCUCCUCUCCGAAAGAAGGUUGGCGCAUCUUAUUCGCUUAGGACAUGAUCUGCUAUUCGGUAAGAAGACAUUACCGGCACGAAUGGAGCCGAUCGCUCAGCGGGAAGCAGCCCGAGAUGGACUACAACGUCGUGUCCCAAGGUGCUUGCACUCAGCUGUGUUCGCCGCCUUCGAUAUCAUACAGAGCCCGCAGUUAAACAAACAGUUAGUGUACAGCCUACUGGACCUCUGUGUCUUGGAACUGUUCCCCGAGCUGAGGGACCAAGAACCUACAGAAACAAAGAGUUGA